UUGAACACUGAGGAAAUCCAAUGACUCAGCACAAAAUGGGCCACUGCGUUUGUUUUAACUGGUAGUGAGAAAACAGAAACCACCCUCAGCCCAAAGCAGUGAAUCAUUAACUAGAAGAUUAUAAGAAGGCUGUACAACUCCACAAGAUAAAUACAGCUCCUUCACAAGUAUAUUGAAGCUACAGCCUAAAGGAGAAGACUCUCUGAAGUCAGUACUGUGAGCACAGGAACAUGACUUUGCAGCUUUGCUGUGCCUGGAUUUUUAUCCUUCUCCUGCCUGGCCUCACAGAUGGAGGGAAACUCCUGGUCGUGCCCAUGGUUGGAAGCCACUGGCUUAGCCUGCAGCAAGUGGUCGAGAAGCUCAGCGAGAGAGGACACGAAGUGGUGGUGGUGAUGCCAGAAGUAAGCUGGAUGAUGGAAGCAACCCAGGGAUACACAGUGAAAACAUACCCAGUGACUCAAACACUGGAAGAGCUGGAUAAUGCCUUCGAAGAGUACGCUGCAGCUCACCUGAAGGGUCGCUCUUUCCCUCUCAACGUUAUAGAACUGUACAAUGUCUCAGGGCAUGUUUUCAGUACCUUCUUUGUUCAGUGCAAGGACCUGUUCAACAGCAAGGAGACACUGCAGUACUUGAAUCAAAGUGGCUUUGAUGCUAUCCUAACAGACCCUGUCUUCAUGUGCGGACCAAUACUUGCUCAUUAUCUGUCUCUUCCUAUUGUGUUCUUCAUGAGGGGAUUUCCUUGCAGCUUACACUAUGAAGCACCACAGUGCCCAAAUCCUCUGCCCUACGUCCCAAGGCUAUUUACCUUCAACUCAGAUCAAAUGACUUUUUUCCAGAGAGUGGAAAAUGCACUGGUUGCCUUCCUGGAGCUGUGGUACUGUAAUAGCUUCUAUGCAGAUGCCAUCAAGUUUUCCUCUGAACUUCUUCAGAGAGAUAUGUCCCUGAUGGACCUCCUGAACACUGCAUCUGUUUGGCUUCUGAGAUUUGACUUUGUCUUUGAGUACGUCAGACCAGUGAUGCCUAAUAUGAUCUUUGUUGGAGGCAUCAACUGUGCUCAGAAGAAACCCUUGAAUAAGAACAACUUGCAAAGCCAGAGAUGAACUGGAAAAGCAGGACACAGC